UAAAGGGUUAUUUUGUUAUUUAUAUAAGUUAAGAGGAUAAAAACAAAACUCUGUUUGUUGUUCACUGACAGUAUAUAACGGCUGAGACUCAUUGGAAGCUUUUAGAAACGGCGACAAUGGCGGCUACGAAAGCUCUGGGAUUUGUUUUGCCGACGGGAUUAUUUAUACAGCCGUCGUUGAACCGUCGCGGAGGAGUUAGGGUCUCCGUCUUCCAGUGUUCCGUUUCUUCACUCACCUCUACAGGACUUCUGGAGAAACCUUGGAGCUCAUACAAUGCUAGGCUUGUGUUAGAAGAUGGCUCUAUGUGGUCGGCUAAGUCUUUUGGUGCUUCUGGAACCCGUGUUGCUGAAUUGGUUUUUAACACCUCUUUGACAGGGUAUCAAGAGAUUCUGACUGAUCCUAGUUAUGCUGGACAAUUUGUGCUAAUGACAAAUCCUCAGAUCGGUAACACCGGUGUCAAUCCCGAUGAUGAAGAAUCAAGGCAAUGUUUUUUGGUGAUAAGAAGUCUUAGCAUCAGUACCUCAAACUGGAGAUGUACGAAAACACUUGGUGACUAUCUAGCAGAGAGGAACAUUAUGGGAAUCUAUGAUCUUGACACACGGGCAAUAACUCGUCGAUUAAGAGAAAGCCAAUGUUUCGUUAAAUCUCCCUACGAAUGGGUUGAAAAAACAAAUCCUGAAUGGGAGUUUAACCCAACCUCCUCACAUCACAAGGAAUCCUACCGAGUUAUUGCAUAUGAUUUCGGGAUCAAGCAAAACAUCCUAAGACGCUUGGCAUCAUACGGCUGUGAAAUCACGGUUGUCCCAUCAACAUGGCCAGCUGCAGAGGCGCUUAAAAUGAAUCCAGACGGAAUUCUAUUCAGCAACGGUCCAGGAGAUCCUUCUGCAGUGCCUUAUGCAGUUGAAACGGUUAAAGAGCUUCUAGGAAAAGUUCCUGUCUAUGGAAUCUGUAUGGGUCAUCAGUUACUUGGACAAGCUCUUGGAGGUAAAACCUAUAAGAUGAAGUUUGGUCAUCAUGGAGGAAACCAUCCAGUUUGUAACAACAGAACGGGCCAUGUCGAGAUCAGUGCUCAGAACCAUAACUAUGCAGUAGACCCAGCUUCUCUCCCCUCCGGUGUCGAAGUGACUCAUGUCAAUCUCAACGAUGGAAGUUGCGCUGGUCUCUCUUUUCCGGCAAUGAAUGUCAUGUCUCUUCAGUAUCACCCUGAGGCUUCUCCUGGACCUCAUGACUCCGAUAACGCAUUUGGAGAGUUUGUGAAGCUCAUGAAAAGAUUUAAACAGAGCACUUGAUCUCGGGUAAAACAGUGAUCAGGGAAGGAGUUUUGUUUAGGUGGAUUGAAGUUGGAGUUGCGAAGUUUUUUUUGUGUCGUGUGAGAAAUAGAAUAUCAUUAUGACUGCCGAAAUAAGACAAUUUAGUUGAGAAACUUAUGCAAGUUUGAUAUUAAUACUAACAUCAAAAGUAGAUUGCUUGCCAUUUGGUUAGGAAUUGGUCUGCGGCAUUUUCCACAAGUGUGGUUUCCCUGGCCAAUCCACUUGUAAUGUGUAUUUUGUAAAUAACGCAAAAUGUGCAUUAGAAGUGGAUUGGUCAAGAGAACCGCACUUGUGCAAAAUACCGCAGUCCAAUUUCUGACAAAAUGACAAGCAAUCCAUUUUUGAUGGCUUGUUUGUAUCGAGCCAUCAUGUAAAAAGAUAGAGACUACGGUUUUGUUUUUUAACCAAAGGCAAAGAGGGAAAGAACCUCUAGUACCUGAUUUCGUAAGCUA